AAAUGUAACAAUUAAACUUUCGUGAUGGAGUUUCUGAAGUUCGUCGCGUGUUUGUUCGUGCUGAUUCAAGUUUAUGCAUCAGAGGAAAGAAAAAGUUAUGCAGGGUACAAGGUGAUCCAGGUGCUGACGCCGACCGAAGAUGACGUCAUCUACUUGAGGCAACUAAUGAACUCGAGAUUGGAGAUUAACUUCUGGAAAGAGCCAAGUGCUUCCGACAUGAGCACGUUUUCCGUGGAUCCAGAAAAUUAUGAAAAUAUUCUCAAACUCCUGACGAAGCGUAACCUCUUCUUCUACGUAUCGGAUGACGAUCUACAGUUAUCAAUCGAUAACGAGCGGGAAGAGAUAGAGAGGCUGAAGAGUGCGUCGCAGUACGAGUUCGAUCUCAACAACUACCACAGUUUAGACGACUUAUACACCUGGAUGGAUAGCUUGGUAGCUAAAUGUCCAAAGUCAUUUGCUUGCCAGGUUUACAGCAUUGGACAUUCACACCUCGGAACUCCAAUCAAGGCUUUCAAAAUAACGAAGGAAAGCCCUGGAAGAAAGUCCUGGUACUUGGAUGCCACGACUCACGCUAGGGAGUGGAUCUCAACGGCAACCAUCACCAACAUCAUCAACCAUUUAGUGACUGUGGGUGACAAGGACGCCCAGAAUUUGAUUGACAAGUACGAUUGGUACUUCGUGCCGGUUGUUAAUCCGGACGGCUACCGCUACACGUGGGAGAAGGAUCGAAUGUGGAGGAAGAACAGACAUCAGUUUAAAACUUGCUACGGUGUCGACCUCAACAGGAACUUCAACUCCACUAAUUGGGGAACCGACGGCGUAUCAAACCUGGAAUGCAGCGAAACAUACAGAGGACCGUCUGCCGGUUCAGAAGCCGAAGUUAGAGCAGUCUCUGCCGAAUUGAGACGUUUAGCUCCUCGAACUCUAGUGGCCUAUACGAUGCAUUCAUAUGGCAACAUGUAUUUGAUACCCUUCGGAAACCUCGAUAAGAAUAAGAAAUGUUUGAGAUCGAAGGACCAUGACGAAGUGAUGAAAGCAGUAGAAGCAAUGGCAGUGGCCACAGAGGCAACUCAUUCGACAAAAUGGACGCGAGGGAACGCUUGUGAAGUUAUCUACCCCACUUCCGGUAGCACGGAUGACUUCGCCAAGGACAUUAGCAUCAAGUAUUCCAUCUGUCCGGAGCUGAGGGGAAGAUCGUUCGUCGUUCCCUCUCGUGAGAUACCGCUUUCGUUUAAGGAAAUUUUUAACGGCAUUGUGGCUAUGGAAAAGAUUAUAAAGUAGAGUUUGGCGGGAAAAAUUUCUGCUCAAUAAUUAUUUGGUAGAUUAAAUGGAUUAAAAUGAUUGAUUGAUUGAUUGAUUUAACGACUGAUUGAUCGAUUGAUUGAUUUGAGAAUUUAAAUAAUUUUUGGUUUAAAAAAGAAUAAAAUUUGAAAACUUUUC